AUGAUGGACUCUUUCAUUAAUUUUGUAUUACAUGUACUAGCCGUUUUCACAUAUGUUUUCCCAUUAAUAACUACUAUCAAAUCCAUAACUUGUGUAUUUGUUCUUAAUGAUACCUGUUAUAGAUUCAUUGUUAACUACUGGAUGUACUACUUUUUAUUUAAAUUAAUCCAAGAUCGAUGUUUCAAUGAUGAUAUAAAGUUUCAAAUUAUUAUAGAAUUCAUUAAUAUUUGGUUAUUUUAUGGAAGUGGUAAUAAUUUAAAACUGCUUAAUCAUUUGAUUGUUUCUAGGUUUAUUUUGGUGAAGUAUAUCAAAGACAAGGAAGAAUUUUUUAAUAAAAUAAUUAAUUGUUUAUUUGUUGAUUUUAUUGAUCUUCAAUCUCAACUUGUCAAUCGUGGUGAAAUUUAUUGCCAACCUUUUAAUACUGAUCUAUAUUCUGGUAUUGAUAAAUGCAUCAGUGUUCCCAUCAAGAUAAUUGCAUUAAUCUUCCCUAAAGGAAUGGUAAUUUAUAAUAUAGAAAUUCCCACAUCAAACCAAGCUACAAAUGAAGAGUAUUAUUCUAGAUCGAGAUCUAGAUCUAGAUCUGAAUCACGAAAAACAAGAUCACCUUCCAAUAAAGAUAGAGCACCAUCACCUGAUAGAAAUCCUUCCAGAUCAAGAAGUUCAUCCAGAUCAAGAAGUUCAUCCGCAAGACCAUCAAGAUCUGGAUCAUCCAAACAUAAAGAACCUAAAAUUGUUUCAUCACCACAACUAGCUCAAGGUUUUAGAUCAACGUUACAACCUACAUUCAAUUCAUUGCAUCAUCCAAAACCAAGACAGCUGGUAUUCUCAAGGGCAGGAUCUUUUAACGAAUCACCAUCUCCAUCUUCAUCUCCAUAUAUUUCACCAAAUUUAAUCGACAUUCAAAAUCCCAAUCUCCUUUAA